AUGAUCUUCCUUAUUUGUGGAGCAUGUCAAAAUUAUCAAAAGCUUAAAGGUGGAUUUCUUCCAAUAUUAAUUGGCUACAACUUGAUGAUCCUCAUUUACUGCACUGGACAACGUUCUAGGAUCUCAGCCCGACAUGCCUCCAGAGUUCCAUUGCAGGUUCUUCUAGAAGAUUUAGACGAUUAG